AUGGAGGAGGACAUCAGUCUGAAGAAACGCAGAAGUGAUCAACCUGAAACCAAAGAGCAAGAGGUGCAGACCACUCCAGAGCUCAUCGGGGAAAAAGUCAAACGGAAGCGAGGGCGUCCCCCGGUGGAGAAGCUGCCCCCGAACCCCCCUCCGCUCACCCGCCUCCUCAACACCCUGGUGGACAUGGUCAUCAACUACAAGGACGGGUAUGGGCGACAGAUAAGCAAAGGCUUUGUGCAGCUUCCCUCCAGGAAGGAGGUGCCAGAGUACUACGAGCUGAUACGAAAACCUGUGGACUUCAGAAGGAUCAGGGAGCGAGUGCGUAACCACAAAUACAGAUGUGUGGGGGAUUUGGAAAAGGACAUUCACCAGCUGUGUCAAAAUGCUCAGACAUACAACUUGGAAGGAUCUCAGAUAUAUGAAGACUCCAUCGUCAUUAAGUCUGUGUUCGAGAGCGCGAGGCAGAGAAUUGUUGCGGACGAGGAACAGGCCGACUCCGUGAGCACCAGCAACAACAGUGAUCAGCAAGAAGAGCACUUUGUCGAUGUAGCAGCAGAUCUGCAGAACAAGGAGAGACUGGAGACUCCGCUGCACCAGGCCACACACAGUGAUCUCAACAGUGAAGAUACAGAGGUCGUCAAAAAGGACGAAGGAUGA